GAAUCGAAUGUCAAUAAUAAUGUCAUUUGUGAGUUUACGCGUGUUGAUGUCGGUGGUGGUUUCAAAUUAAUAAAUUAAAUACUAACUUUUCUCAUAAUUAAUAAGCAUAAAAUUAAUAUUUUAAUAAUAUUAAACUAGAUUACCUUGUGUUCUAUAAGUUUUGGCGUCAUUUAUAGUUUCUACCGGCUGUAUAAACACGUUCAAAGUUUUUAAAAGUUAGUUGUAAAUAAAUUGUUUUUCUACGAUGUCCGAAGCCAAUGUGCUCGUAAUUGGUAGCGGAGGCCGAGAGCAUGCCUUGUGCUGGAAGUUGGCCGACUCCCCGUUCGUAAAGCGUAUUUACUGUGCACCUGGAAGCGUCGGCAUUUCCACCACGAAUAAAGUAGAGAGUGUAGAUCUAGACAUCAAUGAUUAUCCGGGCCUAGCAAAAUGGUGCAAAGAGCAGUCAAUAGAACUGGUUGUGGUUGGUCCAGAAGACCCCCUCGCGAAUGGGAUUGUGGACGAGCUGACUGCCCUCGGCAUCCCGUGCUUUGGGCCUACUAAGGCCGGUGCAGAGAUCGAGGCCAACAAGGACUGGUCCAAGAAAUUCAUGAACAAAUACCAGAUCCCAACUGCAAGACAUAAAUCGUUCACUGAUGCUGCUGCAGCUAAAGAAUUUAUCAACAGUGCCCCCUACCCCGCUCUGGUGGUGAAAGCGUCUGGCCUGGCGGCCGGCAAGGGAGUGGUGGUGGCUGCCUCGAAGGAGGAAGCCUGUGAGGCCGUGGACGACAUCCUCACGGAUUCGAAGUUCGGAGUGGCCGGCCAGACCGUGGUCAUUGAGGAACUGCUGGAUGGAGAUGAAGUCUCUGUUCUGGCAUUCACGGAUGGCGAGACGGUGUCCAUGAUGCCUCCAGCACAGGACCACAAACGUAUCGGCGACGGCGAUGUGGGUCCCAACACUGGAGGCAUGGGCGCUUACUGCCCCUGCCCGCUCAUCACGCCUGACCAGCUGGCGGAUGUUAAGGACCAGGUGCUACAGCGAGCGGUUGAUGGACUGAAGGCAGAGGGGAUCAAGUAUGUCGGAGUGCUGUAUGCUGGAAUGAUGGUCACCAAAUCUGGGCCCAUGACCUUGGAGUUCAACUGUCGCUUCGGCGACCCCGAGACCCAAGUCCUCGUGACCCUCUUGGAAUCAGAUCUCUACACUGUUAUGAAGGCAUGCGUCACUGGCACUUUGAACAAGCACCAACUGAUGUGGAACACCAAGUUAUCAGCUGUCGGAGUAGUCCUAGCAUCUAAAGGAUAUCCAGAAACCUCCACUAAGGGCUGUGUGAUCAGUGGAUUGUCUCAAGUACAAGCUACCCCAGGCCUGGUGGUCUUCCACAGUGGCGUGGCUCGAGGCGCUAACGGCUCUUUAGUCACGUGGGGCGGUCGAGUGCUCUUAGUUUGUGCCAGGGCUGCAUCGUUGAGAGCCGCCGCGGCCGCCGCCACCGCUGCCGCGUCAGUCAUCGACUUUCCCGGUGCACAGUACAGGAAGGAUAUCGCUCACAGGGCUUUCUCGAAACUCAAUGGCCUUUCGUACCUGCAAAGCGGCGUGGACAUCGACGCCGCGGCCACCCUAGUCCGUCAGAUCGAGCCACUGGCCACCGCCACCCAUCGCCGGGGGGUGCUGGGAAGGCUGGGGUGCUUUAGCGGCCUGUUCCAACUGUCGGCCAUGGACCCCACGCUGAAAGACCCCGUCCUCGUGCAGGGAACGGACGGCGUUGGGACCAAAGUUAAGAUCGCAGAAAUAAUGAACAAGUACGACACGAUCGGUCAAGACUUAGUAGCGAUGUGCGUCAACGACAUCUUGUGCGCGGGCGCCGAGCCCUUCGCUUUCCUGGACUACAUGGCGUGCGGCCGUCUACAAGUCGAGCUGGCCUCGUCUAUCGUCAAGGGAAUCGCUGACGCGUGUAUACUCUCCGGCUGCGCCUUGCUAGGUGGCGAAACAGCCGAGAUGCCGUCAAUGUACGACGUAGGCAAAUACGACCUGGCCGGUUUCGCGGUAGGCGUGGUCGACAACCUCAAACAACUCCCGCGCAUCAAGGAGAUCCGAGCGGGGGACGUAGUGUUAGCGCUGCCCUCUACUGGCGUACACAGCAAUGGAUACAGUCUCGUGCAGAAGAUCAUGGCCGAGAGUGGAUGCAGGUACAACCAGACUAUAGCUAGAGUUACACCAAGCACUUCAUAUAACAUCAAGCAACUCCCGCGCAUUAAAGAGAUCGGCGCGGUGGACGUAGUGUUGGCACUCCCCUCUACUGGAGUACACAGCAAUGGAUACAGUCUGGUGCAGAAGAUCAUGGCUGAGAGUGGGUGCAGAUACACAGAAAAAGCGCCCUUCAGUACUGCAGGACGAACAUUCGGCGAGGAGUUUCUAGAACCAACCGGCAUCUACGUGCGCCAAGUAUUGCCGGCUCUCCGCAGAAGCCUCGUAAAGGCCCUCGCACACAUCACCGGCGGAGGAUUGCUGGACAAUGUACCGCGCGUGUUGCCGCCGGGGCUGCGCGUGCGACUCGACGCCAGCAAGUUCCAGAUCAAGCCGCUGUUUGGAUGGCUGCAGGCUAAAGAAGAACAUAGGAGGAGUUCGAAAGAAGCUCUCCGCAGAAGCCUCUUAAAGGCCCUCGCACACAUCACCGGCGGUGGAUUGCUGGACAAUGUACCGCGGGUGUUGCCGCCGGGGCUGCGCGUGCGACUCGACGCCAGCAAGUUCCAGAUCAAACCGCUGUUUGGAUGGCUGCAGGCUAAAGACUACGUCUACGUGCGCCAAGUAUUGCCGGCUCUCCGCAGAAGCCUCGUAAAGGCCCUCGCACACAUCACCGGCGGAGGAUUGCUGGACAAUGUACCGCGCGUGUUGCCGCCGGGGCUGCGCGUGCGACUCGACGCCAGCAAGUUCCAGAUCAAGCCGCUGUUUGGAUGGCUGCAGGCCAAAGACUACGUCUACGUGCGCCAAGUAUUGCCGGCUCUCCGCAGAAGCCUCGUAAAGGCCCUCGCACACAUCACCGGCGGAGGAUUGCUGGACAAUGUACCGCGCGUGUUGCCGCCGGGGCUGCGCGUGCGACUCGACGCCAGCAAGUUCCAGAUCAAGCCGCUGUUUGGAUGGCUGCAGGCCAAAGGAUUGCUGGACAAUGUACCGCGCGUGUUGCCGCCGGGGCUGCGCGUGCGACUCGACGCCAGCAAGUUCCAGAUCAAGCCGCUGUUUGGAUGGCUGCAGGCCAAAGAAGAACAUAGGAGGAGUUCGAAAGAAGCUCUCCGCAGAAGCCUCGUAAAGGCCCUCGCACACAUCACCGGCGGAGGAUUGUUGGACAAUGUACCGCGGGUGUUGCCGCCGGGGCUGCGCGUGCGACUCGACGCCAGCAAGUUCCAGAUCAAGCCGCUGUUUGGAUGGCUGCAGGCCAAAGGCAUGGUGUCCGACUUCGAGAUGCUCCGUACCUUCAACUGCGGAGUAGGCAUGGUGCUGAUCGUGGACCCGGUGGUGGUGAAGGAGCUAUUAGGACUAGUGGAGGGAGACAUCAGGGUCGUUGGUACUGUGGAGGCUAUCGGGAAGGAGGGCGGUCACCAAGUGGCGGUGGACAACUUUAGAGAAGCGAUGGCGCCUCUCACAGCGCCUUACGUGAUCGGACAGGCCGUCCGACAGAAGUCUCUUUCUUACAAAGACAGCGGUGUCGAUAUUGAGGCUGGGGAUUCUCUAGUCUCUCUCAUCAAGCCUUUGGCCAGGUCCACAUCUAGGUCAGGAGUUUUGGGCGGUCUCGGUGGCUUCGGCGGCUGCUUCCAACUGAAAGCUAUUGAACAAGAAUUCAAGGAUCCAGUGCUGGUCUUAGCAGCUGACGGCGUGGGCACAAAGCUCAAAAUCGCUCAAACGAUCAACCAACAUAGUACCAUCGGAAUCGAUUUAGUUGCGAUGUGCAUCAACGACAUACUGUGCAAUGGCGCUACACCUUUGACGUUCUUGGACUACUUUGCGUGCGGUUCUUUGGACGUCAAUGUAGCGAGGAAUGUGGUUUCUGGAGUCGCUGAGGGCUGUAGACAGGCCAAUGCUGCGCUUAUAGGUGGAGAAACAGCAGAAAUGCCGGGCAUGUAUGAACCAGGCGCGUAUGACAUCGCCGGCUUCGCGCUCGGCGUCGUCGAGAGGACACAGGUGUUGCCGAAAAUUAACGACAUCACGGUUGGUGAUAUAAUCAUCGGGCUGCCUUCAAACGGCGUCCACAGCAACGGGUUCAGUCUGAUCCACAAGCUGAUGAAGAAGACCGGCCUCACGCUCCAGGACAAGGCUCCCUUCAGCAAAGAAGGACUCACGUUAGGCGAGGAGCUGAUCAAGCCCACGCGUAUCUACGCACGGGCGAUGGCCGCGGCGUUAGCCAGCGGGCGCGUGAAGGCGGCCGCGCACGUGACGGGCGGCGGGCUGCCCGACAACCUGCCGCGCGUCGUGCCCGCCUCCGUGCGUGCCAGGCUUGAUGCACACUGCUGGCACGUGCCGCCGGUGUUCGCGUGGAUUGCGGACGCGGCCGCGGUGUCGGAUGACGAGAUGCUGCGCACUUUCAACUGCGGCAUCGGUAUGGUGCUCAUCGUGUCGCCAGAAGACCAGGCUGAGGUGAUGAACACAACCCGCUCAUACGGCGCGAUGGUGAUCGGCAGUAUCCAGGCGCGACCACCAGGCGGCGCGCGUGUCGUCAUCGACAACUUCGCCUCGUCACUCGACUUCACGCGCCGUAUGCCGCUGCUGCCUAGCAGGAAGAAUACUGACCGCCUCGAGUUGAUACCUUUCCGGGUUGAUAAGUGUGCUACGUCCUUUAGUCUCCACUGUACAACCCGCUCGUACGGCGCGAUGGUGAUCGGAAGUAUCCAGGCGCGACCACCAGGCGGCGCGCGCGUCGUCAUUGAUAACUUUGCCUCGUCCUUGGACUUCACGCGCCGCAUGCCGCUGCUGCCUAGCAGGAAGGUGGCGGUGCUAGUAUCAGGCAACGGCAGCAACCUCCAAGCGCUGAUCGAGACGACCCGCGACCCCAGCCAGUGCAUGUGCGCUGACGUCACGCUGGUGGUCAGCAACCGGCCCGGCGUGCGCGCGCUCGAGCGGGCCGAGGCCGCCGGGAUACCCGCGCUGGUAUUCAACCACAAAGAAUACUCAUCUCGCGAAGAGUUCGACCGCGCUGUGUCGGCAGCACUGGAGAGCCACAAAAUUGACAUCGUGUGCCUGGCCGGCUACAUGAGGAUCCUGUCCGCCGAGUUCGUGCAGAAAUGGAAAGGUCGGCUCAUCAACAUCCAUCCAUCGCUCCUCCCUCGUCAUCCAGGGCUGCACGCUCAACAGCAAUGCUUAGACGCCGGCGACCGCGAGACUGGUUGCACUGUGCACUUUGUGGACGAGGGCAUGGACACAGGCCCAAUCAUAACACAAGAACGCGUGCCGGUGCUUCGUGAUGACGAUGCUGACACUCUCGCCGCUCGUAUCCACCUCGCCGAGCAUCGCGCUUUCCCUCGAGCGUUGCGUCUGCUGGCUACAGGCCGCGUGCGGUUGACGCAGCGCGGGACUGUCGCUUGGCACUCGUAAACACCCAAACUAGCCACGACAUUGCGACAUCCCUAAACACCAGCCACUAGCUGCCACGACAUUCCUUAUAGGCGACACGUCUCACAAACACCAUCCCCUAACUGUAACUUCAUUCCCUAAACUCCAUCCCCAACUGCUGUCACGCCUAGAAACUACACUACUAACUGUGACGUUACACCUUCCCUCGAGCAUUGCGUCUCCUGGCUACAGGCCGCGUGCGGUUGACGCAACGCGGGACUGUCGCUUGGCACUCGUAAAUACCCAACACUUACCACGAUACACUCAAACACCAGCCACUAGCUGCCACGACAUUCCUAGGCGCCGUCUCACAAACACCAUCCCCUAACUGUAACUUCAUUCUCUAAACUCCAUCCCAACUGCUGUCACGCAUAGAAACUACACUACCAAACGUGACGUCACUCCCUCGCUGCAUGUAUGCGCGUUCCCUCGAGCGAUGCAUCUCUUGGCUACAGGCCGUGUGCGCUUGGCACUCGUAAACACACACUACCUGCUAUGACACUCCUAAGCGCGAUCCACUGCCUGCCACGACAUUCCUAGGCGCCAGGCCUCUCACAAAUCUCUAUCUGUAACGUCAUUCCUAAAUUCCACUCCCAAAUUCUGUCACACUUGGACGCUACAUCAGCUGUGACGUCACACCUCGCCGAUCACCCCGCAUUCCCUCGCGCGUUACGUCUCUUGUCUACAGGCCGUGCGGUUGACGCAACGCGGGACAGUCGCCUGGCACUCGUAAACACACACUACCUGCUAUGUCACUCCUAAGCGCGACCCACUGCCUGCCACGACAUUCCUAGGCGCCAGGCCUCUCACAAAUCUCUAUCUGUAACGUCAUUCCUAAAUUCCACCCCCAACUGCUGUCACACUUGGACGCUACAUUAGCUGUGACGUCACACUUGGACGCUACAUUAGCUGUGACGUCACACCUCGCCGAUCACCCCGCAUUCCCUCGCGCGUUACGUCUCUUGUCUACAGGCCGUGCGGUUGACGUAGCGCGGGACUGUCGCUUGGCACUCGUAAAUACAGUGACGAUAAUCCUAGGGUCCGAAAUACCUGCCAUACUUCUGUGUGCCACACUAAUACCAUUCGCUAUCCACCACGUCACUUACAGGCGCCACCCAUUAUCGGUGACGUCACUACACUCGUUGUACCACGUGCCACGUGUAUAGUACAGGCAAAGUGCAUUUACAAAAUGUUAAGUGUCAUUAUUAUACAUUCCUAAAACAAAAUUCUACAUGCAAUCCUAACCAGAAUCAUUCCAGUUUGAUCGUGCCAUAAAACACAUACUCAAAAAUAAAUGUGUUUUCAUGUAACCAAGUCUCGAAUAAAAUAAAGAUCUUGUUCCUACAUCACCAUUUUUGUAAGAAGUCUCGAAUGAAAUUAAUUGUACAUAUUUAUCAUGUAAUAUUACUAUAAGUAUUUUGAUUACAGCCAUGAUUUAAAUGUUAUGGAAUAUUUUGUUGAUACAUAGCUGAUAAAAAUCAGUGUAAUUGAUAACAAUUUAUGUGCAAAUCUAUGUAACAAAUAAGUUUUAUUUUAAAAUCAUGAUUGUUGUUUGUUAGAUAUUUUAGUUGUCAUCAGAUAUAGUCAUAAAUUUUACUAAAAUUACUAUUGUUACUCAUUUUAUAUAAGGAAAAAUAAAAGUUUUAUAUGUUC